AUGUCGCAGACCCAGAACUUUGCAUACCCAGUGGGCCACUCCCAGACACCCCAGGAUCCGUCGUCAUCGUCCAGCUCGACCCAGUCAGCCCAACCCCAGUCCCGUCAGGCAGCAGAGGAUGCAAGAAAGGACCGUACAUUGGCCGAGUUCCUCUUGAUGCUCGACGAUUAUGAGCCACUGAUACCCAACGAGGUCACCGACUACUACCUCCAGCGGGUCGGGUUUGAGUGUGAAGACGUCCGGCUAAAGCGUCUGCUCUCUCUCGCGGCCCAAAAAUUCGUCUCUGAUAUUGCCGCCGACGCCUACCAACAUGCUCGGAUACGCACAAAUGCGUCAGGAGGUCGCGCACGCGCUAGCCAACCGCUCACUGGGCCAGGAUCUGUCAAGGAUCGGACGCGUACGGCAUUGACCAUGGAAGAUCUCAGCUCUGCCCUCGCAGAGUAUGGCAUCAACUCUCGGAAACCGGACUUUUACAUGUAA